UUAACGGCUGGUGACUUGGUUUGGCGUGUUCAGUACUCAACAGGAUACACGCAGCGACAGUUCGGAAAAACGUUGCGCUGUCCGGAAGUCUAAUACGGUUGAAAGCAAUAGUUUGCUUCGUCAUAUCAGCUACUAGGCUGUCAGCGUACGCCUAAGCCCCUUUUAUACUAAUUGCGGCCCCAAAGCGUUGCUACGUCGGUUGAUUUAAAGUGUUCUCCGGCAUGUUUGCAGCGAAAGUUUAAAAUUCUGUGUUCUGUGUAAAGUGAAGUGCUUGUGGUGCAAAACGUCGAGCACCCAAAAGUGACGUAUAUUUAAAGCGCCUACAACGCGUGGCCACAAAUCUGUGCAAAAGUUUAGCGACACUACCGGAACAACCGGCUCGGGGUGCGAUCGAUAGCAUCGUGCUAUGAGAAGGGCACUACCACUGAACAGCUGAUGAGCGGCCUACAAACACUCGAGGCCCUCUUCCUCAUGCUUCUAGCAACGUCGGGGGUCUCUUCUAACACAACCACCAAAACAGGGACAGCACCUGCAACUAACGUUGUCGUCGAGGAACCAGAAUUUACGGAUGUUAUAGAAAAUGUUACAGUGCCUGCCGGGCGGAACGUCAAACUGGCUUGUUCCGUCAAAAAUCUAGGAUCAUACAAAGUAGCGUGGAUGCACUUUGAGCAAUCCGCGAUCCUUACUGUACAUAAUCAUGUAAUCACAAGGAAUCCUCGCAUCAGCGUCACGCACGACAAGCAUGACAAACACAAGACCUGGUUCUUACACAUAUCAAACGUCCAAGAAGAGGACAAGGGUCGCUACAUGUGCCAAAUCAACACAGUCACGGCAAAGACACAGUUUGGCUAUCUGCAUGUGGUCGUACCACCGAACAUCGAUGACUCCCUGAGCUCGAGCGAUGUUAUCGUCCGGGAAGGCUCAAACGUGACGCUUAAAUGCCGAGCCACGGGUAGUCCAACACCCACAGUAAAAUGGAAGAGAGACGACAACUCUAAAAUAGCCAUUAAUAGAUCGUUAAACGUACUCGAGUGGGAAGGAAAUUCCAUCGAAAUUACGAAAAUUUCCCGCCUGGACAUGGGCGCAUACCUCUGCAUUGCAUCGAACGGUGUGCCGCCUACGGUGUCAAAGCGAAUUAAAGUCAGCGUUGACUUUCCACCGAUGCUGUGGAUACCGCACCAGUUGGUUGGAGUUCCACUGUAUUUCAACGUGACAUUGGAAUGUUUCACCGAGGCACAUCCGACAUCGUUGAACUACUGGACGCGAGAGGACGGUCACAUGAUUCAUGACUCUAAGAAAUACAGAACUGAGUCGAAUGUAGGAAUGCCAAUCUACAAGACGCACAUGCGUCUGCACAUUUACAACAUACAGCAGACGGACUACGGAACGUACAAGUGUGUUGCCAAGAAUCCCCGUGGCGAAACGGAUGGAACAAUUAGACUUUACACGUCUACACCACCAACCACUUCUCCUGGGCCACCGACAACAGAAUCCUACUCCGACCUUUGGUCUAACCGGAUCCUCAACGAUUCCGCCGGUGGUCUUCACCAUCAUCACGGUGGACAGCACUCGAAUUCUUAUUCUGGGCACGUGGUUGAUAAAAACUCUAAAUACUCUUCCAAUCUUAAUGAAAUUGAUCGAUCCGAGCAAAAGUCGUUCGACACAAAUAUCAUCUAUUGGCCACCAGAAACCAAUCGGAACAAUCAAGGUGCCAUCAAUACUACCCGCAAUAUUCUGUCCAUUAUUUUUAGCACAGGUAUGCUACUUUUGGCAAGGAUUAGCUUACAAUAACUAGAAAUCAAAAUGUAUCCUGUAAACUAAGAGUAGCGCGCAUGCACUGACAGCCGAGUGAACACGUAACAUGAUAGGUUCCUGCUCUUCAACCCAAUAGCACACAGCAAAGGUGAUAGAAAAUGUUUUGCUACAAAAAAUGGCUUAACAUUCCGAUGUUCAAUUUGGCUACCGACGGGCAAAGAAAAUCGUAACAAGUAAAGCGGAAAGAUUAUGCAGCAAUCGCAGCUAACACAAAACAAAAGAACAACUAUUUCAACACGUAUAACUGAAUGCAGGGUUUAUAAACAUAUAUAUACUAAAUGACAAAUAUAUAUAUAUACAUAUACACAGACAUAUACUAAUUAUACAAAUAUAUUAUAAUGGAGAAGUCAUUGACAUCAUAUACACGCAACUUAUAGCCAAUUGAGAAGAUAGCACAACGGCACAAUCUAUCAGGUAGUGUGAAAUUGUAUCGCAGGUUACUAAACUUGACUUAGAGCAUAUCUCCUCAAGCGACAACUGCACCAUCAGUAGCAUUUACCUACGACACGACCCUAUAUUCGAUGAGCUGGCUGUAUGUGUUCGAAGGCCACACUGUACCAACAACCGUAUACCAGGAAAGACAAGGAAGAAGCGUAGUAAGUAGCACCAAAUUGAGCUACUUCGCGAAAGCUAGGAAUGGCGUUCUUAAUUAAAUUUAUCAGCUACAAAAACAACUCUUCAUCGGGGCUCGAACAAUUGACUUCGUCAGGAGACUUCGUAAGGAAAGACAAAAAAAAACUCAUUGAGCUUAUGUUUGUUGUUCGGUUCCAUUGUAAAGGUUGCUUUACUUUCGACUAGGGAACACAGCUUAUACCUAAAGAAAAGCAUCUACUGAGGUAGCAAGCAUUAUGAAAUACCGCUUCUGUUUAUCUAAGGAAAAUGCUCCGAAAUGUUUCAGAACUCUAAAGUAGACGGUCGAACAAGUGAAACAGAGGCAAACAUCGAGCAUUUGCAUGAGGGAACAUCGUAAAAUGGUAAAAUUCUUUCACUAGAAAUAUAAUCGUGAAGCGUUUUAUUUAAAAUUGGCAUGGACCUUACCUGUAUAAAUAUGUAAGCUUACAUAAUCGGACUGAGAACUAAGAAGAAAAAAAAACACACAGAAAGACGUAAGAAAUAGCGCAUUUAUGCCCACAUAUCAGUAAUGCCGAUUCGAAGCAUAGUUUCUAUUAGCACAAACUGUUAAGAAGAGUUUAUAGAGUUGUUUAAAGUUCAUGUGUAAUAUCGUUUUAUGAACUGCGCGCAUUCGAGUUGUACCAAUAUUUAAACACUAAAAUUUAAAACACACUAAACGAAAAGGUUAUAGAUUAAUUUUUUCUUGCCCGGUGGAUAUUUUGGGAAGUAAAAAUAUUUUUUCUUCAAGAUUUCCAAAAUCAAAUCUCAUACCAACUUUCAUUAAAAUCGCCCGUAUGGCCGUACACUCCUAAAAGGACAUGGGGCAGCAAAAGGCUCAAAUAAAAAAAAACGCACAGAUAAUAACCAAUGAUGCAAUUCCAAACGAGGGAAAAAUUCUUUCUCCUUAAAUGCACUUGUGAAACAAAUGGAAUGCGAUUUUUAGGACUUUUUUUGUGUCCCCAUCGGUCCAAACGGUGCAUUCGAAAUGACUCGUUGGACGAUAAUUGGAUUUCUUUUGCAACUGCCCCCACAAUUGUCGACCACAAUUUGGCCACCAAUUUUUCCGCGGCAAGCAAAGAUGCAAGAUGAAGCAGAAAAGGAAUUCCUACCAAGCACUAAAUCAUCCAACCAUUUGCCCAUUCGUAGACCCAACUUUGAGAUACGAAAAACUUUUGCGCGACAUGGUGGCAAGGAGAAAUGUUCAAAAACCGUCAUGUUCAGAAAGGAAAUUCUUUGGGGCGAGAUUAUUUUACUUCCUUUUUCUUUUUGCUUUUAACUACCAAAGAUUUCCACCAAUACGAAGCAGCACAAAUAUGCUACGAUAUUUUUACAUCUUUAUUUCAUUUAUAAUAUACGAUUUUUGCUGCACAGUUGUGGGGGAAAAAACACGCACAAGAUGCAAUGGUGAAUGUUUAAUUAUGAGGCAAACGAAAAAGCGUUGAUAGUAAGGACACUUAAUGAACUAAGCACAGUUUGCUUUUAUCAUGAUAUCAUAAAAACUGACCUGUACGCUAGAUAAUGUGCAAGUGUAUGCUAUAAUGUGCCAAAUUGCGACUCAUACGCUCAUGUAAUGUUUUCAUAAAAUGCGUCCCCUUCUCCCGAGUGCUUCUGUGGACAGAUUGUUGUUAUGUUGUUAGACUGUAAGUGACAUUAGGUGAACUGGAAUGGAAUCUAAGGGAAUUGUAUAAAUAAUCGCAACUGGCCGGAGUGUGUGUGCGUGUGUGUGAUUCGGAACGUGCAAACUGUACUUUGCAUCUAUGGCGUGUGUUAAUAUGGGGUAAAAAGACAUUUUAGUGACAACGAUGUUACCGCAUGAAUGCGAAAAAUUAGUCCAACAACGAGAUAUACGUACAACAUGAAUUUAUCCUAAAUGUGUAUAUCUAAACCAAGUGUAAGUUAAAGCCGGUAGGACCACAGUAGUUACUAUUAUUGGCAUUUGAUUUUGUUGUUUUGCAACACUGAAGUACGCGUAUUGUUUGUACAGUUAAUUCAGCAUCACGCCAGGAAUCAAUGUGCAAUCAAACUAAACGGCUAAAUGUUCCACUAUCACGAUUAAGAUAUAGUAUGCAAAGAAUGUAAAGACAAAUUCAAACUAUACUAGUACCACAUUUUCCAACACAGGAAACGCUCCCGCAUCAAACAACCGUAUGCGACCGGAGCAUUGCUAUCAAGGAUUCUGAACAAAUAGAAUACAAAACCAAUAAUAAAAGCUUUGAGUAAAAAAUGGUUAUCUAUAAAAA